GUCAAAGUGGACGACACGUUGUGAAAGACGAUAUUACUCAACUACUAGAAAUCUGUUUUCCAUUCAACGUGGUGUAUUUUAGGGGUUAGUCGAAGUAACUUUUAGUGUCAUUGUUUGACACGUCUCUUCAAGAAUGGCUAAAUGAGCUUCAAAGAAGCGUAAUGCUUGCACAUCAACGAUUUAUCUGUGACAUCUUGCGUUUGUCUCAUUCGUCUUGACCUGGUUUCCUUCGCGAUAAAUGUGUCAAUGAUAAGACCUCUGCGUAUUCUUUAAGGUGGCGUUAGAUGUCAUCGGGAAAAUCUUUUUACCGUUUGAGUUAUUUCAAGUGCCAACGGUGAACAUUUACGGUAAAUUAAUUUAGGUAAUCAUAAAUAAUUACAUCGUCAUUUAUUUGUAUCAUUCAAAGCGAAAGGAUUUUGUGCGUGAAAGCCACCAGAUCAUUCGACGAAACUCGGCUGUUGUUUCGUUGCUACGAAUUAUUUCAUCGGAUAUCGUUUUGAAUACAGCUCCUGAUCAGAAAACGAGCCAUAGUUUAGCGGUGAAAGAUAUUAAACUUUUUUUGUUGUAACACUAUACCGCGGCCCUAACUAGAGGAUCGUUUGUGUAUCAUUGUGCAAAAAAAAGCCCCUCGAAGCACUUUGUAUGCAUGAAGUCGAAGCAAGACGUUAUUUUUAGUCGAGUCAGUGAUUUUAGAGAUCCUUUGAGUUCCGGUUCGUGAGAUACAAUCCAGUACGAGUUACAUAGAUUUCGAUACAAAUCAUCACAACGUGCAGCAGCGUACUGGAUGACUUAUGACAACAACGAUUACGACGUCUAGAUAAAAGUCUGUGAGGGAGAUCAAGGUUCCCGAAGGGGAAAAACGAUUUCUUUUGCUGCGAAUACUUUCAGUAUUGCUAGUUGUGUGAAAUAAUGCGCUUGGAGAUGUCGAAAAUACAGCACAAUCGUUCUAAUAUGUCAUCAAAGAGGCAAGGUAUUGUCUACAAUGGUGAAGAACAAACUCAGUUUGACGGUAUGCCGUCGUCUUUGCCGCGAGGAUUCAAUUAUUUCCCGGGACAAGCACGAGAAGCAAAAUCGUCGAACCUCUUGAAGCAUAACAAAGACGACGAGACGAGAAAGAGUACGGGUUCCAUACACAAUUUUGGUCCGAACACCGAAUAUUUUCACGUCCGUAGCUCGAGCGAUACAAGCGAAGUUCAUAUGAUGCCCAUGUCUGUUGCCAGCAAUGAUCAGAGAAACGGGGAAAUGCGAGAGGGACCGAAAUCUGGAGAUACAUUUCAAGACAUUAUUAAACGUUUUGAGAACGCAAGUUUUAAAGGACAAUUGGAACAGAAACUCAACAACUUGACAUCAAAGAAAGGGAAUGACCACACAGACUGGAGUGGAAGUGGUAAAUUAUUUAAAUCACCUGCGAUUUCAGGGACAGCCAGUCCUAUGACAGACAAGAAAGCAUAUCUCAAUCUGAAACGCAAGAACUCAUUAAAAGGGAGUUCAAGAAAAAACAAAUCUGACGACAAAGGUGGGAUCCAGGAUGAAAGAGAUUGGGAGAAACCGAGAAAGGCAUUUGCGCAUUAUGAUGUUCAAAGUGCUGCAUUUGAUUUUGAUAUUAUUGCAAAUGACAUUUCAAAGAAAGGUGAUGCCUUGAAGCGACAAAAUACAAUCACUGGGGCGUCAGCAGCAUCAGGUCGUGAAACCGCAGCAGUUAUUGCAAACAAAUCGCAGAUAUACAAGUUGUCCAAUAGUGCUGAAGAUAUGAGAGAGGAUGAACAAGGUGAUUAUAAAACUAAUGAGCUUGUUCUCUCAUGUCCAUUUUUUCGUAAUGAACUUGGCGGUGAACAAGAUGAGAUGUUCGGAGAAUUUCGUUACAAUUCAUCGUAUAAGACACUUCACGGACAAAGAAGUCUAAAUCGCCGACAUUCUACAGUAGAUGUUGUGCUCACUGCUUAUGACUCUAUACGACGUGGUCAGGUCUUCAGUGCAACUGGAGUCACAAUACUUGACUCUCAAUCUGCACAGGGGGAGAUCAAUGAACCAGCAGAUCUUUGUAGUAUGGAGGAUCGUAAGAUGUUCGAACAUGUUGAUCACGGAGCUUUCUAUUAUCGACAUUAUUUUUAUAACCAAGAUCACGUGACCUAUGUCGGGGAGGAUGAAAAAUUUGGUGCUAUAGCAAUCUCAUAUAAGAGAGAGAAAUCAGAAAUUGCGUUGAACAGUGCGGAGGAAUCUACUUUAACACAGUAUGAGUACAGGGUCAUUGUCAGAACAAGUGCUAUGGAAACACUACGUGGUAGUUUGUUGGAGGAAUGUAUACCGUCGACGUCACGUCAUAAUUCAUCACGUGGUCUCCCUCCUAAAGAUAUUUUAGAAUAUGUCUGUCCAGAGCUGAACCUGAGUUGUCUGAAACUUGCAAUGCCAACCCCAAAGGUGCCUGAAAUUCUGUUAAAACUCGACGAACAAGGGGUGACAAGACAGCAUAAAAUUGGUAUACUUUACUGCAAGGCAGGUCAAAGUACCGAAGAAGAAAUGUACAAUAACGAGGAAGCUGGUCCCGCUUUCGAAGAAUUUAUGAAUUUGAUUGGUGAAAAAGUUAUGCUGAAAGGCUUCCAAGGUUAUAGAGCACAGUUGGACAAUAGGAAUGACUCCACCGGCGUUUAUUCGUUGUAUCGAAGAUUUCGUGGUCGAGAAGUCAUGUUCCACGUGUCAACCAUGCUGCCGUGGACAUCGAACAACAGGCAACAAUUGCUUCGUAAACGUCAUAUUGGUAACGACAUUGUUACUAUCGUCUUCCAAGAACCCGGUGCGUUGCAAUUUACACCGAAGAGUAUUCGAUCACAUUUUCAGCACGUGUUCAUUCUCGUCCGAGUCUUUGAUCCAUGUACACCAAACGUGAAAUACCAAGUUGCAGUGAGUCGUUCGAAAGACGUUCCAGCGUUUGGUCCUCCAAUUCCCGCAGGCGGAGUUUUUACCAAUAAAGAUGGUUUUCAAUCGUUUCUAGUAACGAAAUUGAUAAAUGCUGAAAAUGCUGCCCACAAAUCGGACAAGUUUCGUGCAAUGGCCGUGAGGACGCGACACGAGUAUCUCAGGGACCUGGUAACGAACUACACGACUAACACCACAGUAGAGACUGGAGCCAAGUUUGGUAUGUUUUCCUUGGGAUCCAAGAAAAAGGAAAAAGUCCAUCCUAACGUCAAACCAGAGGUUUUAUCCAAAGGAGGUUUAUCUUGGGAUGUUGAGGUUGAAGAUCAUCGUAAUAUGACAAUGAUAAAAUGCUUUCUGGUUCUCUCAGUGGAAUCUUUUGUACUUAUUGAUCUCUCGACCAGGGAAGCCAUAUUCUUCAUACCAUGUAAGGCGAUAAUAGGCUGGACACCAAUGUCGCAGAAGCUGAAAGUUUUUCAUGGUGUAGGGGAUUGCCUUGUGUUGAAUUUACCAUCCUCAGAAGAUAUACCCAGCAUUUUGAGACGGCUUGAAGUGGUCACAAUCGGCUGUCAGACUAUCGCGAUGACACUACGACGCCACAGCUCUGGACAACUUGGUUUCAAUGUACACAGCGAGGGUAUGGUUGUUGAUGUUGAACAAAAUGGACUUGCGCAUGUCGCUGGUCUUAAACAAAAUUCACGAUUGGUUGAGAUUUUUAGCCAUCCCGUUGCUAUGAUGACGUAUGAAGAAAUGGUUAAACUUCGACGUCCAGGUCACGUGCCUGUAGUCGUCAUUCCCCCAUUCCCCGACGGCAAACCUCGAAAGGGUGUACAACUCGCUGCAAUUAACUACAAUUCUCCCAAGGAGUCGUCGCUCAGCACGUUCAACGCUGUAAAAUAUCAACAGUCAAUGGAUCGUAGUCUACAUUCAACUAUCUACGAGGCUGAAACGGCAACAUAUUCAAACUCGUCUCGAGUCUAUGAUUCAAGCCAGAGCAUUGAUGAGAGCAGACCUAAUCACAAUGGCAUGCCUUGGGUACGAAGACCAAGCUCACCGACAAAUAGUGAUGACAGGCACUCCGAGCUCGAGAAUCAACAAAGAUCAUCCAAUUCUCAAGAGCGCAAUACGUCGAACUGUAAUAACACUUACUCAUUUUCUGAUUCGAAGAGAACACCAAACCAAAUAAAUGGUGGGGAAACUGUUGUCUCUCUCAAGUAUAUACCUCGCUCUGACCCUUCUACCACAAGGUCAGCGGACUCGAGACGAGGAGAUGAGCAUACAAGUCCUGAGUCACAGACCCGUACCUAUCUUUACUCGCGCUCCACACCAAAAAUUGCCGACAAGCGUGCAGCCGCUGACCUACUGCAAUCGAAACUUAGUGCUCGCGCACGUGGUGAAACACAUAAUCCACGAAAUACUCAACGUGCUCCUCCGUAUCCAGGUUCUAAACCAACACGCCCCCCUGAAUACACUGCUCAAGAUGAAAGGCGCGGGAUGAGUAUAAUGCGAAAUAACUCUCCUGCUAACAACUUGUCCCCGCCCGAAGGCCUGCACCCCCGUCUUGAGAUCAUUCAUUCAAGGUCGAAGUCAGAGCCAUGGGAUCCUAACAAUGGUCAAGAAGGCAUGCGCAGAACAUACAAAGAGACGACAUUAGGGCCUCAUAUUACGACAGUUGAGACUUUUCGUGAAAAUGAGCAAGUCAUGUCGGAAUAUGUAGAUAAAAUCGAAAAGGCAUUUGGAGGCACCACCUCAGACCACUCCCCCCAGGUUAAAAACAAUCGAAAAAACCGCAGGCCACCUACAAUACCUCGGCAUGCUCUCGUGGACUCGGAAAGCCAUUUGUCUAGUGCGUCCAACGAGUCGCUUCCCACGAGUGAACCUUAUAGUGAUUCGGAAAGAGAGCCAAGCUCCGGUGGAGUGAAAAAACCCGUAUCCUCGAAACGCAUCGUCAGUAAGAAGAUAGGCAUUCGAGCUGAAAUUACAAGUACUACGGCAAAGAGUCCCGGAGUCAUGGAUACGUAUAAUGCCCGGGAGACCAACUCUCCAGGUGUAAAAAGUUCAACAACUGUUGUCGUGCGGUCAAAGUCCAACGGGAUAUCAGGGGAUAACACGGGUAGCUUGACUAGGACCGCACGAAUACAUAGCAACACGUUACCUCGGACUGUGAAUCGCGAAGAAGUGAUAGUGUCUCGUGAAAAUUCAGCCGCCCUAACCCCCCGGAUAAGACAGGGUUUGAUCCGUGAUCAAAGUGAUAACAUGUACCUUUAUUCCCCACGGCCCUUUACUACUGCUGUUUAUCACAGCCGGGGGCCUGGUCAAGAGACGGAAGCAUUUCACUAUCCUGAUGUAGAACCGAGACGAGUAAGGGACGAGAAAGCGAAGAUUGUUUCACAGACCAGGAUUAGCAUGAUGUCACCAAAUGACAGCACUACUCAAUUGCCUAAUGACAGUGCAUCCCAAGCUCCCUCGCGCCCACCGGAGAAAGAUACCCGCGCUAAUAAAGUGCCGUACUUUGUCAAGAACAAAACGGGAAUCACUCCGGAGUUGGUCGAUGAACGUAUAUCAAAGAUUGCUGGGAAACAACGCGUUGCCAAAGCAUCACCCGACACCAGUAGGCGCCCUAGUCGCGAGAACAAUCUUCGAGUUUUGAACGAGGGCACUAAGUCAAAGCAGUCAGAGUCACAGUUGUCGCUUUCUAAGGAAAACAGUAGUGAUAAUCCAUUGAUUAACGAGAUGUCGUAUCUUUUAAGUCAAACUGACGCCAUGUCACGUGACGCAUCCUCAACCCUCGCGCACACGGAGCAAAUGCUUGCCUCGUGGGGAAAGAAUUUGUCAAAGACGAAGGAUGAGAAACCUGAAACAAAGAAAAUGCUGGACUCCAAUAUCACGUUAAGAACAAGAUUUCCUUCAGAUGGGACUCCAAUAGUUGCGUCAUUGGCUCUUGGUCAAAAUACAAUCAUCAACUCGACACCACGCAGACAUAGUUUUGACGAAAAAUUACUAAGUUUGAAUGAUAUACAUUCUGAGAGUAUUGACAACCUAACAGCCUCCCGACAGACGUUGCUGUCAUCAAAGGAGGGUUUUCACCGUAUAACGGAGUUGGAGAAGAAAGUAACAGAAUUAUCUUUCUUCUUGCAAAAGGAACGAGAAGAAAACAUGCAACUAAAACUUCAACUUUCGAAAUUUGGGAAUACUAAAAGUUCCAGGAUUUAAAUUAAUCAUUCUGUAGAGAAGUAAAACCAUGAAAGACAGUCCUUUAAUAAAUGUCUUGUUAAAAUUUAAAAUGAUUAAGAAGAGAAAUGGCGUUGUGGAAUUUCAAACAAAUAUCAUGUAGGGAAUUCAGGAUCUGAGUUGUUCAAAAUAUCCAGAAAAAGAAAGUUAUUACAUGAUGACAAUGAAUUUGGUUUUCGAAAAGGCGUUCAAUCUGUGUUUUUGACAACUGAAAUCCUGUGCUAUAUUAUGUUUGUUUGGCUAUAGUUUCUUGGCUAGAAGUGAAUUUUGGACCAACACAUCCUCAACUCACACAACAAUGUAAAAUGUAUGAAGACUAGCCAAGGAAUCAGCAUUUCGUGUCUUGUUUUGUACUCCCUAUACUCAUGUGUAGAUAGAGAUAAAUUUGAAAAUCUUUUUUAUCAUUGAAAUUAUUUUAGUGAUGUGGCAAAAACAUAAAGGCUGACAUAACAUAACAAAAAUGUCAUGAUCAGGAAUAGAAAUUGAUUAUUUUAUUUACCAAAUGCUGUUAAAAGCGAAAUUAGCAAUUAGACAGUGCUUCAAAUUUAAAAUAUGUAAAUACUAUAUAAUUAUUUGAUGAUUUUAGUCAACAUUUGAAGGAACCUGAUUGUAGAAUGUUAUGUUUAAGUUAAAAAUAAAUCAUACAUUAUGGAUUAA